AUGGAAGAAGUUAGGAGCUUCAGUCUUGAGCUGAAAACACUUUUGACGGGCUCAUUACCAAUAACAAAAGCUAAGAUGGCAUCUAUUACCAGUGCUGCUAUUCGAGCAGGCAAAUUCUAUAAACACGUCGUUAAACUAGUCGAAGAGCUCAUAUUCAAAUGCACAGCUAAAUUUAAGCUUCCUGGAUUGUUUAUCGUGGAUGCAAUUUUGCGCCAGUCAAAGCUCAGUGGUUGUGAUAGGGACCUCUAUGGCCCUCGAUUCAUGCGGAAUAUUGAUGCUGUCUUUACUGCCCUGUCUCAAUGCUUGCCCGAAGAUAAACCGAUGAUAUCAAAGGUACUUCAAUUGUGGAGGGAGAAAUGCAUCUACCCGGAGGAUCUUAUCAUCGUUUUACAAGACUUAGUUAACGAUCCUGACAGCCCUGGUCUUCAUGUGUCCGCCCGAAAAAUAAUUUCAAAAUCACUUAUUGAAUAUGAAUCAAGGAGAAGCAAGGGAUCUCGUAUAUCCCAAGACAGUGAGGAGUAUUUGCAGAAAGCUAUCCAGUGGGUGCAACGGAAGAUCCAAGAGCAGCUGGAUUUACUUGGUCAUGGCAAAAUGAUUAGUGCAGAAGUUGUCACCCAACUCAGUUCUACGCUGUCUCAACUUCAGUAUCAUCCUUCAAUAGAAAAUUCCUACUUUAAUCAAUUGAAGGCGAUCGUUGACACCAUGGCAGAAAAUAGAGCAAUCCAGGAACAGCUGAGCAAGUGCCACGUGAAUAGCACCGGUUCCACUUGCAACGAGCCUCCGUUCAAUGGGCCUAAUUCAGCGGAAAACAAUAAAGUAAACAAUACAUUUCAUAACAGUGAAAACCACUACGACCAUCAGAAUCAGGCAUCAACAGUUGGGAUGAGUGCAGGCGGUAGAAGAAUGGCGAAUGCUGGUGAACUCGUACCUUCCGAUGAGAGCUCCUUUGAGGAUCGACUACAAGGUCUAGCUUCAAAUUCCUUUCUGUCGAACCACGUCAAUAUCAGUAAUCAUCGACCCCCGCCACCGCUCAAAUUUGGAGAUGAGGACAGCCGUAGGAGACGGCGAUCGGAAAAUCAGCAGCAUGCAUCUCCCACUUCCCUCAUCUAUGAUAUGAACGCCUCACCUGUUCGGAAACGCGCCAAGACCGAGUCAGGCCUUACCCGUACCACCUCGUCGGUAUCAUCUUCAUCUUCGAUUUCGCCCCGGUUUCGAAGCAAAUCUCCGGAUCAACCGGCAGUGCCAAUGGUUCCAGGCACUACCACGACUACUCCCAUGUCAAACGAUCAUGGUGGGGCGAUAGAACAGUUUCUCAUUGGCAUUGGCGAAGACGUAGAAGAGACGACAAGUCAGCGCGAGCGUCGUAGACGUCGAGAUGCUCUACCUUCGCUACGCACCAAUUACGUCUCCCUAGUCUCACGUACCAUCUUCAUUGGCCAUCUGCAUAAACAACUGGCGGAGACUCGGUUACAGGCAGUGUGCGAGGCAGCAGCUCAUGCUCGCGUUCUCGAAUGCAACCUUAUUCCUCCACGUGGCUGUGCUUUUAUCACCUUCGAAAGCCGUGCCGCCGCAGCACGUGCUCGCCGUAGCCUUGAUAGGUCGAUGCUGGAGCAGCGAGAGAUGAAGACUGCUUGGGCGGCCAAUCUUGGUGUGCGACGCAGUCAGCAGCGUUGCCAUGAGGGCUGGAGCGAACGCGAGGGAUGCACCUACCUCCCCUUGGAACAAGUUGAAUGCAUGACUCCUUCUACCUUCCGCUCUCUCCUUGAAGGUCAUGCUCUCGUUGACGCGGAUUCCAUCUCGCCAGAGUUGCGAAGAAAACUCCUUUCUCCAUCGAAGGAUCGCUUAGUCCCAACAAACUUGUCCAAAACAGUUCUCAUUCCUUCUCACCCUCCAACAGUCAUGCCCCCACUAGUGCCUCUUCCUACUACAGCACCGCCACCCCCGCCGCCACCACCUUUGCCACCACCGCCCCCUCCUCCCCCUCCACCGCCGCCGCCGCCGCCGCCGCCACCACCACCUCCACCGCCACCUCUCAUGGCAAUGUCGACUUCUUUAACUGGAGGUGUGGCUCUGUUGCCUCCCCCAUCCGUUAAGUCGGUGACACUUAAUGCCGCAAAUGUUGCAACUGAUGCUCCUGCUACUACCACCAUCGGUGACGUCUCCAGUAAACCCCCACUUCUUCCUUUCGUUUCUUCGAUGUCCACAUCUCCACCCUUGGCGCAGAGCAUCCUCACAAAUGCAGCUUAUACCGUAGCGCAGACGCCAGUUCGCCUUCUGCCCUGCACCAUGGUACCUCCACCACCGAAUUCUGCUCAGAUGGGUGGUCCCCUUCGCCAACCUUUCGUGUCUCAGCUUUCAGGACCCUACCCGAGGUUUUCUCCUGUCGAUUCCGUGUCGCCUUUCGUCCGUCCUCACGAACAACAGCAGCUGCCGCAGCCGCAGCACCAUCCGCCUCCUGCAGGGUCAUGGUUCAGCCCUGAUGGAAACCCUCCCCCAGGGGUUCCUGUUGCCCCGUCUACUCCACUGCGCUUCCAGCACCCUCGCUUCAGCAUGGACCAGACGUUCGUUCCUGGUGCAGCUCAGCCUGUGUCGAUGAAUCGAUGGCCGCUCUCCAGACCACCGCCUCCAUCGAGCGUUCGAGCACCACCACCAAUGCUCUCAUGGCAAAGUGGUGGUAGUAGUAGUGGUAGUGGUCCAAUUAUUAACGGUUCAGUCCCCCAUAGGCACCCGCCACCACCAUUCGGCGUCAAUGCGAUCAGAAGCCGGCUGCCGCCCUAUCGUCCCCCACCCUUUCCUCUACCUCCCCUCUCCCGACAGCCUCGAUAA